AUGAAUGCAAUGGACAGGAUCCUGAGAUCCAAUGGGAGGCGGGGCAGCCCUAGAGCCCGAGGCCUGUCCUUCAGGGAAGGAGACAUUGCCAGCUCCUACAACACACAGAGCCGUAGCGCCAUAACCUGCCCUGGUAACUCCUGCCUCUGGCCCAAGGCAGUGGAUGGAUUUGUCUAUGUCCCCUACAUUAUUUCUCCACAAUAUGAUGACAUGGAUAGAAUCACCAUAGAGAUGGGAAUGCUGGACAUCUUGUCUGAAACGUGUGUGAAGUUUGUUCCUCGCAGCCAUGAAGCCAACUUCCUGGAUAUACAGCCCAGGUUUGGCUGCUGGUCAUUCCUGGGUAGGACUGAAGGAGCCCAGCCCCUCUCCCUGCAGUCCCCUGGGUGCAUGUGGUCUGGCAUCGCCUCCCAUGAACUCAUGCACGCUCUGGGCUUUGUGCACGAGCAGUCCCGCUCUGAUCGGGAUCACUAUGUUUCUAUUAUAUGGGAAAACAUCAUGCAGGGUCAGGUGCAUAACUUUAAGAAGUACCAGACCAACAACCUCAAUACUGUCUAUGACUACAGCUCCAUCAUGCACUAUGGCAGGUAUGCCUUCUCAGAGGACGGUGGACCAACCAUCAUCCCCAAACCAGAUCCCUACACUCCAAUUGGUCAGCGAGAUGGACCCAGUCGUCUGGACAUACACAAGAUAAACCUACUGUAUGAAUGUGGUGGCCUGGUGUAACUGGAUGAAGAACUGUCAGAACAGAAGUCAUAUCCCAUUUUUACUGACAUAUAAAAAAGGACAAUAUAUU